AUGAAAUUCAAAGAUAAAUAAUUAUAAUAAAAACAUUAAGAAAUUGAGUAAUUAUAGUAAAAAUUAACUGAUGAAUUGAAGAAUUUAAGUAUUCAAAAUAUGAAGGAAAAGCAAAUGUUGGAAGAAAUAAUUAAAUCCAAAGAUUAAUAGUUAUAAUAUCAAUAAUUAGAGAUUCAAUAACUUAAGUAAAUUUACAUUUUUUAACCAUCUCUUUAAUUAAUACUUAAACCAUUCACUUAUAAAUUAAUAUAGAAUAGUUCAAUUCAAUACGAUCAAAAAUGUUAUGCAAUAGCUAUUAAUGGAGAUUCUUCAAUUUUAAUAGCUGGAUGUUAAAGUCAAAUUUAAGUAUUUGAAUUUAAAUCAGAUGUGUUGAAACAAACUCAACUACUAAAUAAUCAUUAAGGCGAUGUCAAUACUUUAAAUUUUAUGAAUAAAUCUAAUCACUUUAUAUCUGGAAGUGAUGAUUCAUCAAUUAUAAUAUGGUCUAUGAAUCAAAGCAAUUAAUAUAUUUGCUAAUAGAAAUUAAAUGGACAUAAUGAUAGUAUAUUUUGUUUGGUGUUGACAAAGAAUGAAGAUUUGAUCAUUUCAGGUAAUGAUGAAUAUACAAUGAAAUUUUGGAUGAAAUAGAAUAAAGCAUAUUCUAAAACCAACUGUUUCAACCUUAAUCUUUUAGAUUACAAUCCAUUUAGAAUACUGUUAUGA